AUGAGUGCUUAUGGUCAGAUUAGAAAGAAUCCGAGCAAGACAACUAGUCAACUCCGACCACGAACGUAUAGGUUACCCGACCAAUCGGCUUCGUUGACAGUUUUUCCAAUCCAAGAUGUUUUGUCACCUGAUGGCUUGAUCGUCAAAAACCCAGAUCGGUUCGAAGCGUUAUGGAAACAUUUAAGUGGUCUGUUCGAUUCUAUCGUUGCUGAGGGAAGAACAUAUCCGCAAGAGGAAGAAUUGGCAUUGGAUGGAUUCAAGAAUUAUUUCCUCUCCCAUGACGUCUUCAUUGGGGUUCUUGACGCGUUUCCUGCCCCGAAUGAAUCACCGGAUGGUCUCCGCACAAAUCAGGAAGAAGGUAUCAGCAUUGAGGCAACCGAUCCGCUCUCUCUGAUGGACUUGAUUUCAGAUAGACCGCUGCAGGAGAUUAUCGCGGGCAUAUACUACAUCAAACCCAACUACCCAGGACGCUCAGCCCAUUGUUGCAAUGGUGGUUUCGUGGUCGAUCCACGCCACAGGGGACGUAAGGUCGGCAAAACAUUAGCCCGAUCAUUUUUACACUAUGCUCCCUUACUAGGAUACAGGGCUUCAGUUUUUAAUCUUGUUUACAAGAAUAAUCUGGCCUCCAUAGCCAUUUGGGAUUCACUCGGGUUCCAAAGAGUAGGCUUGAUCCCCAAAGCGGGCAGAUUGAAAUCCGUUAUCAAGAAUGCCGAUGGCCAAUCAAACGAGGACGAAGAAUACAUAGAUGCAAUCGUGUAUUGGAAAGAACUCAUUUGAAUUACCUCCCUGACAGUGAUGAUUUUUUGUUUCUGCUUGGUGAGAAAAGAGGCUCGACUUGGGUGAUUGAAUACGCAUCUAUCUGGAGCCUUUUCUUCAUCCACCAUGGAUGGACUUGUUUCAUGAAGGGGUUGUAAAAAC